UGGAAGCCAAGUGGAGGUAGAAGGAGAAGAAGAGAAGAAGAAAAAAAGGCCCUGCUGGCUCAACAGGAGACCAGAGUUUCAUCUGAGGGAUUACUGGACAUUUUAUAUGUGAGGUCCUGUAAUGGUGAUAACCUACCUGAUCGUGUCUUGUUGACAGGAGCCUCUCCGUUUCUUGGAUUUCCCCGGGAUCAAAGUUUGUUUUCGGAGCAAAAAGUGUGAAGGAAGUGUGCAGAAGCAGGAAACAUGUCAAACGGACGUUUCAGUCACCUGUUGAGGGGAGCCUGGCUGCUUUGGCAAGCUGUGUUUGUGGCUGGGGCUGGGAGUAAACUAUGGGAGGUGCCCACAGCCUCCUUCACUUCCGUCUCCAACCUCAGUGAGAGCCUGCAGUGGGAGCCCCGCUGUCAUUACCGCCACCUACGGGACUCAGUGAGCAUCACAGCAGACACCCCCCCAAGAGUGGACGGCACAUGGGUGUCAAUAAGAUGUGAAGUUCGGCCCGGUCCGGAGUUCCUCACCCGUUCCUACACCUUUCACCCCAGCCGUCACUUCCAGGCCCUGCAGCACUACUACACCGACAGCAGCUGUGAGAACCCGGCCUACUCCCUGCUGAUCAGGGGGAAGCUUCGUCUGCGCCAGGCCUCCUGGAUCACCCACGGAGGCACCAAAGCUGAACACCACCUCAGCAAAGUGGGCCUCGUGGUCCACAGCCUGGCAGCCAAGCAGAGGCUGGCCUCCAGGCUGCCCCCGACCUGUGUGGGUUUGACCCUGGGUCGAGUGGUGCCGGGGAAGCUGUAUGAGCUGUACAACACCCGCGCAGGGAGGGGCUGCCUGGCUGUGCUGGGUUUCUCCAUGUUGGAGAUGGGUCUGAUUCGGGUGGAGACACAGCACCACAGUCAUGGAGGGAAGAUCCAGGAGCUGUUUUUAGGGGAUAUCCACACUGACUGGACUCAGAGAACUCAAUACAGACCGACAGGGUACCAGCAGCCGCUGCAGAACGCCAUGCAUCACAUCCAUCCCUGCCCUGUGUGCGCUCUAGUGUACCGCUCCUCAGAGCAGCGCCCCCCGGUGUUGCCCCGCAGCCCCGCAGCCCCUCUGUCUCUGGCCGGCCGCUGGGUCAGCCAGCGCUGUGAAACCCGCCCCACUGUUCUCUUCCUCACCCGAGACUUCACCUUUGAUCCUGACCAGCACGAAUGGGAGGGCGUCUACCGGCACUACUCGGACCCUGCCUGCUCUCAGCACACCUUCACCCUGAGGGCCUCGGGCCACUACGCUCAGGGAAACCCCUCCGCCAAGGUGUCAGGAGCAACUGAGUUUGUCUUCAAGGUCACCCAGGUGAGAGUCACAGCAAUGGAGGAGCCCACAGCCAAGCUGCUGAACGGGACUAGGCCGGGAAAGUGUGGUCGGGCUGGUGGGUGGGAGGUCGGGUUGGAGCAGGACUUGACCGCCACGGAUGGGUGCACGCUGCUGGGCAUCAAGCUGCCACAUAAGGAGUACGAGCUCUUCAAGACAGAGCUGGACCAUAGGAAACACCCGCUGCUGUUCAUCGGAGAGAGGCCGACUGAUGGGUCCAGUCCUGACCGACCGCAGAGGAGACCCACUUCCUUUCAAGCUCCUAUGGCUCUUUGCAGUGGAGGGGAGACACAGUCCAAACAUCGCUAUGAAUCGGGUUUUAACAGCAAGCAAGUCCAGUUAGCAACCAAUGGGACAGAGAGACUGGCACAGCUGGCGUUACUGGUGUUUGGAUCUGUGCUGUGCAGCUUGUUCUGCGUUUAUUAGAGACAUUGUUCACUUCAGCUGAAGUCAUUGAUGGACAUUGUUUUCUGGCAGCUUUCCUUUACUCUUCUUCCAUAUGAUGAUGACCACAUGUGUGGUGGUCAAGAAAAAUCAUGAGACAUUCAGGAGAGCUCAGUAAUUUCUGAUAUCUGGCUUUCAGAUGCUGCCUGUUGGUUCACUUUAAUGCCUCUUAACUUCAGCUGUAUUUCUACCUAAAACUAAUCUGUAUAUAAACAACCAACAUAUACAAGUGCCACCAUUUCAGUAUAUAAAAAUAUAUUCUUUUAAACCAAGUUUCUUGUGUAUAAUGAUCAAAUAGAUUCCUUUUCCACAUUUCUGGGAAAUUGCUGUUUUCCUGUGAUACUAUUAUAACAAGGCAAGAUCACAGUGCUGAAAUGUGGAACAGUUAUUUCCACAUCAAAAUGAAAGCCAUGGACAUUCCAGUGGACUUUUCACCAAUAGGCAAUAUAACUAAUGCAAUUUGUACAGAACAUUUUUUUAUCAACAUACAGGAAAGAAAAGGAGCCAGAAAGUAGAAAAUGUGUUGUCUCCACUCUAACAGCUACCAUCUUCACUGGUAUAAUGCCACCAUGGCGUGAAAUGUUGCUUUAUCUCUGUCAUCUUUCAAAUUAGUCUGCAUUAGUCUGCUUUUAUAUCAGCAGUCAAUCUAAACAAAA